AUGUAGCUACUAAAUUUUGGUAGAUAAAACUCUUUCUAAUUUAUUAAAUGUCUAAAUUCCUCUGAUAAAAUCUGCCAUUAGAAUUAGAGACUAAAAUUAAAUUGUUAAAUAGGAUUCAAAGUGCCUUAAAAGAUGAUUAUUUAAAAAAUUAAAUUAGUUUUUAAACUAUAUAAAGAGAUAGCCAAAAGAGUCAAUAAAAGUUGGAUUGAUGAGUAGAGUUGAAUACAGGAUAUGGGCAUCUAAAAGAUUAAUCGUUAAGAAAUAGCUCUAACAAAAGAAUUAAUAGUAAUGCAUAAAAUAUAUUCAAAUUCUUAUUUGAAGUUGUGUAAUUAUUAAUAGAAAUAUUUAGAGAGAGUAGAGUAAGAAUAAAAUUAUCUCUUGUCAUAUGUUGUAAUGAGAGACUCUUUUCUAAGCAACUUCAGUAAAGAUCUAUUUCUUAUUUAGGAUCAUUAUGUAUUUAAAAUGAUUAAAAUCCUUUAGGCUAGAAUUUACAAAGACUGUGCAUAAUAAAAGACGUAAAUUAUUCUUGCAACUAUUACAUGGCAGAUGGAAAACUCGUUUAUCAUUAUAAAAUGGAUUAGAAUCAUAAAGACCAUUAACAACUGCAAAAAAUGGAUAUUGCUACAUUUUUUAAAUACAACUUUGA